AUGAGUGCGUCAUGGGACUCGGAGAUGUCAAAUAACCACAACCUUCAUCGCAAGAUCGGCAACAAGCCGCACGUGCGUACACCAUCCGAUCUGUCCACCACGCACUCUACAAUGGCCCGACCGCGUGCGUACGUGGGUGCCCAAGACGACGCCGGCUCUGCGUCCUCGCGCAGCUCGGCACGUCCUCGUGCCUUUGUCUGUAAUGACGACGAUACCGGAUCCAUGAGUUCACACACAUCGGCACGUCCGCGUGUGUACAUGAAGCCCGAUGGCACGGAAUCCGUGUCGUCGCACUCUUCGGUACGUCCCAAGGCCUUUAUCCGGACGGACGAUGACGCUGGCUCUGCCUCUUCCAGAGCUUCGGCACGGCCUAAAGCUUUUAUCCGGACGGAUGACGACACGGGCUCCAUGUCGUCUCGUGCAUCCGGACGUCCCAAGGCUUUUAUCCGGACGGAUGACGACACCGGCUCCAUAUCGUCUCGUGCAUCCGGACGUCCCAAGGCUUUUAUCCGGCGGAUGACGGCGAUGGCAGCUCCAUGUCCAGUAAUCAAGGCCAGGUUCGCUCUAGACUUGACUCGGAAACAUCGUGUGGCUGCUGGUGUCGGUGGCCUGGAUUUAGGCGCCCAUCGUGUACGCUACGAUCUGGAUGAGACGCGCUCUAUGACUGGUAUGUCUUUCCGAAUUCGACGCUCACCUGGCGCCAAUGUCCGCGUUCCGCACGCGCAACCGCUCAGCGCUUCUAUGGGCCCACGGAUCCGUGUCGCGGACGCCGAUAUUCCUAGUGACAUUCCCAACCACGUCGUCGACGAGAUAAAAAAGAGUCUGGAGACGCACUUUGCCUCACGCAACGGUGCCAUGGACAGAAAGGUGGCGGACUUACGCACAGACGUUGCCGGUCUAAAUACACAGACAUCCUUGCUUGGCUCACAGAUUUCAGAGCUACGUGACGCCGUGUUGGUGUCGGCCAACAUCAAUUCGUCGGCCAAUGUUCCCGGAGCUUCGGACCCCCAGGUUUUUGCUAUUGUACAAGCCAAUGCUGCCGCGAUUGCUCGCCUUGAGGAGCACAGCACAGAUCUGUUGGAGCGUGAAGUGAAUAUGAAUCGCGAUUUGACAGAGAUUGGCACUCGCGUCAAGUCGUUUUCGUCCGCAACCAUGAAGAUUUCGACGCUGGAGGACAACAUUGAGGCUCUAGUUGCCAAUCGUCAGAAGCAGGAGCAAGGAUUGUUUAAGCUUGCGGACAGGGUGCAGUUGAUGCAUCGCCAUAUGGGCAGCUUAGUAGAUAUGAAGGCUGUCGAAAACUUGCUGAGCAUUCGUUUGACACGGGAGUUCCGCGAAAUGGAAGAUCGGCUAUCGCAAAACGUAAUCCAAAUGGCCGAGAAGAUGGAGAAGAAUCUGCAGAAUCUGGAGAAACAGUCCUACUUGCAGCGACAGGAGAGCCUAGCUGCGCUGAAGACUGAACUGUCGGAUGAUAUCGAGCGCCUGCAGAGCUCGAUCCUGCGCAAGAGCGACCUGCAUUUGUUUCAGAACGCCCAGACGCAAUGCACGGAGGAGAUGGCACAGCUCUCGAGUGCUUUAGACCGCCAAGAGAGGAAGCUUCAGGAUGCCAAGGUGGCCAGUGCGACGCUACGUGACGAAUUGAUUAACGCGCACACGGAGCUAAGCAAGUCUUUACAUAGCGAACAGCGCAGUGCGGCUGCGGCGAUGGAGGAGAAGCUCGAGCAGAUUGCGAGCAACAGUAAGCUUUCAGAGCUUGCCAAUAAUCAGAAGAAACUUGAGGAGUCCACAAAGGCGCUACAGGAAACUAUGGGUCAGGUCAAGAUGCACGCCGGUCAUCGGCUCAGCUCUGGAUCUGUGAACACGGAGGAAGAGAACGAUAAGCUGCGUCAGCGCCUUGUCCAAUCCAUAUCCGAGUUGGAAGCUCUGGCUACCACAAAGACUGAAGUGGAGCGCCGCUUUGCUGCUGAGAAGCAGCAGUUUGCAGCUAGGUUGAAGGAACUUCGUACGGCUUUGACCGAUACAGAAAAGCAGAAGGAGGCGCAACGUUUGGAGCUUAUGCAAAAGCUGCAGGAGGAGAGUAAGUUAAUGGGUUUUGCGCAGGGAAAAAACUCGUUAUUGGAAAACCUGCUUGCACGUGAAAAGGCUGAGAAUGAGGAAAAGAACGAGUUUGUGCGUAAGUCGAAGAUGGAGGUGGCAGAAGUCCGUAACAAAAUUCGCGAGCUCGAAAGUGAAAAGGAGAAGGAGGUCCGGCAGCUGACGUCGGAUCUACAAGCAAAGGAGACUCAGGUUGGGCUGCUGACCAAGACGUUGAAGCGCAUGGAAAUGGCUUCUCUCAAAAUGCUAGACCUGUCGAAGCGUGAGGCUAAGACCAUGCGUCGUGUGAAGGCUAUCAAGGAGCACGCGCUGUUUCUCGCGCAGCUGAAGUUGAAGGAAAUGGAGCGCGUGGCGCAAGGAUUUCAAAAUGAUGAUGAGACUAAGCAACAAACCGCCUUAACAGUUGCAAGCAGUGAAGAGCGCAAUGAGCUGGAGAAAUUGCUUCUUGACAACCAACUUGAGAAGGACGAGUUGAAGCAAGAGCUAAAGGAGAUGACCGAAGAGCUCAACGCGGUCAAAGAAAGCCAGAAGGUGAUCAUAGAGGACACCAUUACCAAGCUUUCGAGCGAGUAUGAUGAAAAGAUAGUCAAGCUGAAGCAACAAAUUGCAGACAAAGAACAGGCAAUGCGGCAGCUUCGCGAAACACUUGUGGACAAGAGCAAUCUCGACGCUCUUGAAGACGAGCUGACUGCGUUAAAAGACGAAAAGCAAGACUUGCUGGAGCAAAUUCAGCGUGCGCAGAUUGAUCACAAGCGUGUCAUUCUUGAGACAGAGACGAACCUUCGUCUGGAGCACGCGACCGAAUAUUCUGCAAUGAAGUCAAAGUUUGAAGAGCGUAAUUUGGAGCUGGAAGGCGUCAAGUCAGAGCUUGAAACGACGAAGGUUAUGAUUGCCAAUCUCGAGAAAGAGCUAGAGAACCAGGAAACCUUACACGAGCGUGAAGUAUUAACUCUGACGCAAGAAAUUAAGGAGGCUCGAAGCAAGAUUGACGAAUGCACGGCACAGAUACUGGAGCUUAAAGAGUCCAAGGCUCGUUUAGAGGGAGAGGUUUCUCGGAUGGAGGCCAACAUUGGUGAUGCACCCGCUGAGAAGGAGGAGGAGCUAGCUGCUACUAUGAGUCAGAUGCAGUCGGAAGUCGACAAGGUUCGUGCUGAGCUUGCCGAAGUGUCAAGUACGCUUGAGGAAAAGCAGAUAAUGCUGGAGAAGGCAAAGCAGUCGGAUGAAGCCAACCGCAAGAGGCUAGUUGAAAUGGCGAUGACCCAAGAAGAGAUGCAGAGCCGUUACGUCUCCCAGGUCGACUCGCUUACGUCAAAGCUGAACCAGGAACGUGAUAACUCUCGGGCUCGCGAGCAGGAUUUGGAAGACACCAUUGCCAAGCUAAAUGCUGGUAUUAAGACACUUAAGGCUGAUUCGAGCAAGGAGUUGGAUAGUGUGCGCAAGGAGCUUACGGAACAAAUGACCACGCUGACGAAGACUUUACAGGCGUCUCAGCACCGCGAGCAGCAUCUGCAGCUGCGUAUGAAACGUAUCCUGGAGGAGUUGGUGCAGGCCGGGAACGCUUCGGGCGAAAGCGAAGUGGCAGAGGUCGCUGAGAUGAGUGAUGACGAUGCCAUCACGUAUCAUCUCGACGCGCUGUAUGCGACGCACCGUCGGACGGCACACGAGUUGGAGCGGCUCCAGGCCGAGCACGAGCUAACUGUCAAGCAGGCUGCUACGGACAGUGCCGCUGCUCUGGAGCUAGACAAUCAGGUUAAGGAACAUGAAACUCAGAUCCGUGAGCUGGAGUCAGUUGUGGAGCGAGUUCGUGAAGAGUUAAAGGAGCAGUACCACAAGUCCGCACUCAUUGCAAACGGGUCAGACGAGUUUAGUGACGAGAUGGCUUCCUUACGGGAGGAGAAGCGUCAGCUCGAGCGCCAGCUUGAAGAAGAGGAGAAAGACCGUGCAAAGCGCGAGGUGUCGUACCAGCGGCGAACAGAGAUGAAGGAGCGUGAAGUUGAAGAACUUCGUACCGAGAACAAAACUUUGAUGGCUGCUGUCGCUGCAGUCCGUGAAAAGAUCUCUGCAGUGGAAAGUGCUAAGUACAACGAGUUAGACGAGCUACAGAGCAAGCUAAAAGACCUCGAAGAACGCACGGCUGCACUUCGGCCGAACGAAGACAAUCUCGCCAGCCUGGAGAAGGACUUUACUGCUACCCGACAAGAAAUUGUGUCCUUAACUGCUGAAGUGCAGUCUCUUUACCAGAAGCUAACUGCAUGCUGUGAUAUCAUGGAGUGGAGUGAACUGCGUGCGAGUGUGUUUGAUGAGGAAGAGAAGCUGACCCGAGUCCGUUCGGAAAAUGCGCGUGAACUAGCCAGAGUCCAGUCAGUUGAGCAGAAAAUUUUGAUGAACGCUGAGUAUCUAAAUGCACUGCUUGUUGCCCACGGCUCGACGAUAGGAGACGACAAUCUUCUGAAUGAUUAUCGGUGGAUGCAGAAGUACGCUUCGAUUGCCCCAAAGAGUGUGGAGAAGCUCCGAAAUGUGGAGUCAACACUACGAGACGCUAUGUUGGACCUACAGGGAAGCUCGACUUUGCAGGUUGAAGGAUCUUCCAAGCCUCCACGUGGGAAUGAUUUUUCUGAUGGAGAUGCUCUCCAACCUCCGCCGACCUCGCAGAACUCGGCUGUGGAAGGUGCUGCAUUCGCACUUGCAUUGGAAAAGGCCAAGCAGAACUAUUUCCGUAAAACUUCGGAGACAGGACAGGAAGAAGACGCAACUGAAGAUGAGAACCGCGAAACGGAUUAG